AUGGGUGACAACAUAUCUUUGAAAGUUUCCCUAGUCAAAAAUGACCAAACCAGGGAUAAGUUCGUUUCGAUAAGCUCAACGUUACUAAACUCCUUAGCAUCCAAAGCUAAACUUAUGACCUUCAUUUUGAAGGACGUAUUCGAGGAGAAUGUUACCGUGGAUGAGAAAUACGUGGAAGAUUGUAGGCUUGAAAGGAAGUCGAAAAGACAUAAGAGGUUUGUACCCCUCCAUACGGCAGAGGAUUUCAAGGAGUUGAUGAGAAGCUUGAGAGUGAAAAACCAUGUGAAGCUUGCAGUAUACUUACCUGAGGUUUGUUCAACACCACCGCUUUCCGAAAGCCCAUUGUCUGAAGCAUUGGAGCAAAUUAAGAAGAUCUCAUCAGGCUUGCAAAAGUCUGAAUUAUGGGACUUAUUCAAAUCAAUGACUUUGAAAUCCGAUCCCGACUUUCACGUUGAGAACAAAUCUGUCGAAUCGUUCACACGUACCGAAGAGGCAGUCGUACACCCGCGAAUUCUCUGUGACUUUUGCCAUCCAAGUGAUGAUUCAGAAGAACUAAAAGGAACUAGAUAUAAAUGCACAGUUUGCCAAAAUUUUGACUUGUGCGAGAAAUGCUACAUGUCCAGAGUCUCAAUUUUUGGUCAUCUUCCAACGCAUGAAAUGAUUUCAAUUCCAAAACCAUCAGAUUCCUUUAGUGCACGUCUUCUGUAUUUGCACUUUACUGAUAUCCAGAGACCUGCUGAUUACUCUAGGGGCACAAAAAUCGUAGAGAGUUCAUCUACGGCUUCCUCUUCUGUUGCAGAAGCUCAAGAAGCUACCGAUCUCUCGACAGAGUAUAAAGAGCUUUUGUCCUUAAUUCCCGAUGUGGAGUGUAACAAGUUUGAUGUUAUCAAAAGCUUAAUUCAAGAAAAGUAUCACUACCCAAGGAAUAAUGGAGAUAGUGAACGAGAAGUUGGCGCAGGCUCAGUUGAAGGAAAGUAUUAUGAAAAUGAGGUAGAAGGUAUUGAAUAUGAUUCCGAGGAGGAUGUAUGUGGUCAAAAUAUUGUUUGGAGAUUCGCAAAGAAAGGUGAUGCUAUUCACCUUUUCAUGGAGAACAGAUCCUCAGUUCCUUUAUUGAAGGGUCCAAUUACUGUUAAGCAUUCCAUUGAAGAUGAAACUAUUAUCCAGCUAGAGAUGGAGUCCGAUCUUUUGCCCGAUGAAGUUGCUUGUUUUGAUUUGAGUAACUUGGAUUCAGCGCUUUUGAGUCGUCAUAAUUUCACACGCUUUUGGAUCGAGGGCCCUGUUUUUGAAGCAAAAUGCAUGAAACCAAUCUAUCUUUCUCACAGCGGCAUUCCAUUAAUCGGAAAUGAACCAGCAGAACCGAUUAUUUCAACUGAAGCGUUGACACUCGAAGUCACCGUAGUUCCAAAAGGAAAGUUAUUAUCUCAAAUUAUGUUGGCCAAUAAGAGCAAUAUCCCAUUUGAUGCUCACGGACUCACCAUAUCCGUUGUCAACUGCUUGGACAGAGUCGUCGCUCUGGUUACAGUGAAAAGGAAACACGCCAUUUUACCUGGAAGAAUUGCAAAGUUUAAUGUUCCUGUAAACAAUACUCAUUUCAAAUAUCCAUUCAAGGUUCUCAUUGAGAGUGAGAUGCUUUCGAGUUCGUGCGAUCUUAGUUUAAAGCAAUUGAGUGGGGUCUUAAGAUCCAAAGUGGUUACGGAAAGCGGUCACGAAGUCAGCCAUUAUGCAGACAAACAUACGGUUGAAGAACACGAGGAAGAGCCUCAUAGUUUGACUGAAGAUACUGAUAUCAUAGAGAAAUUGACAGAAUCUAAUCUCGCUACAGUUGCAACCAAGGAGCAAGAGGAUCAGCCUAAUGUUUCUCAUGAAUCCCAGCUGUUCAAGGGAUCUCAGCAUUCAUUAAUCAUCCCCUCUAUGCCAUUGCAAGUAAAAGAGUCUAUCCCGAUGACCGAAGCUACCAAUAGCUCGGACCAUGAGGAUUAUGAUGUCAUAAGCAUUGCCGACGGGGAAGAAACCCAAAGUGACUAUGAGGUUUUGUCACGGACAAUGUCAUUUGAAACUUAA